ACAGCAGUGUCCCAGCCCCUCCCUCUGGAAGUCUUGCCUGCUCACAGGAGAUGGCAGUGCAGGCUACACAUCCACGGUUGCUGGAGGCUUAGAGGGGAUGCCCCGUGUGGACUCCUGGAGUUUCCCUUGUACCACCUGAUCCAAGACACAGCGGCUCUGGCUGGCGUGCCCCGGGGACACUCCAGUGAGUGCCAGUCACUCAGCUGCUCACCUUCCCAGCUGGUGGGCAGCUCCUGUGGCAGGAAGGACUUGAAUCGAGCGGCUGUGGUGUCUCUUGCAGGUAAAGGAGGAAGAGAUGAAGCAGCGCACCCAGGAGCUUCUCCAAGAAAACCAGGACCUCAAAGAUAUAGCCCCUAUUUGGAAGCGGCUGAACUCAGACACACAGAGGAGAAAGGGAAAGGUGGAAGAGAUGGAGCAGCGCACUAAGGAGCUUCUCCGAGAAAACCAGGAGCUGAAGGAAAAGUGCGCCAGCCUCCGUCAGCAGAAAUCAGAUGCGCUGGCAAAGCUGCAGCGGGAGCAGGCCCAAAUUGCUCAACAGAAAAAGGAGCUCAUUGUGAAAGACCAAGCAAACCAAGCAUUGUCAGACACCAUGAAACAUCAACAAAGAAAAAAUGACCAGCUCCUCCACCGUUUAAGUGAACAACAGAGAAAGGUGCAAGAGAUGGAGCAGCGCAUUGAGAAGCUUCUUCGAGAAAAAGAGCAGCUGAAAUCAGAUGCACCUGUGCCGGCUGAGCUGCAGGGGGAGCAGAAGGAACAGAAGAGCAAGCAUGAGAAGAUUGAAGAAGCAAAGAAGAGAACAAUGAAGAAACGGGUUUAUAUGGCAGGUUCCCUUUCUGCAUGGCUACGUGGGCAGGUGUCUGUUUUCAGGAGAUAGGGACAGUAAAAUACUGGGAUCUUUGGAUAGUAUUCACCUAUAGUGCUUUGCUUUUUAUCCAAAAGGACAGAGAAUCUGUCAUUUAAGAGAUGUGUCAGAGAGGUGAAUGUGUCUGAUUUGAUCAAUGCUCAAGGAGUAUUGAAAAUUGAUACACAACACUAGUAAUCUUUGGCUUAGGAACUCACUCCAGAGUUAUGACAAACAAGUUAAUAACCAUAAAGUCAUACGACGGGAAAUUAUGACACUCACAGCCAAUUUUGUAAUUGAUGUCGGCAAUUAUCAUUAAUGUUAAAUCGCUCUUAGUAGUCAUAUGGUAAUGAAAGCCUCAUUAACUAGUAAUUACCCGAAGUGGCUUGCUGUAAAGGUACCUGAAAUCUGCUUUCUGAAGGGAUGGAAAGAAAAGGGAAGAUCCUGCUGUCUGGAACAGUCAGUCCGUUUUUGAGAACUGGAUAUUUGCCAGCUCGCCUUCCAGUCUCAGUCAGGUAGAGGUGGAGGCAAACCACAAAUAGUAGGAUUGGCUGAAGUGUGUUUGAGCUGUGUACGUGGACAACCGAGAUGUGGGGAGUGCUGAAACCAUCAUUCUGGAAAGGUUAAGAGCUGAGGCUCUGAGCCUUGUGGAACUCCAGGAGAAAGUCCUCCCAACCCAGACCCAAGCACCUCAGGCCUCAUGGGCCUCUUUACAUCUCACAUCAAUUUUAAAGUCUACCCUGCCAGUUCAACUGAAAUCCUUGGCAUUACUGUGCCUGCUCUAGCUCUCCAGCGUUUGACUAAGUCCCCAGCACUGUCCUUCCUCCCAGAGCUUCUUCAUUCCUUUUCAUCUCCCACCACCUUACCCCCCACCCCCGACACACACAC